UCCGUCCAUAUAUUCUUACGUUCAUGCUCCGUCCAUGUAUUUUUACGACCUAGUAUUUACUAAUGUGUGUUUACGCAUGCUUGACUUAUUCUUUGAUAAAAUGGAGAAGUUGAAAGAGGGGAGUUCCGACGAAGAUAUAAAAAUGGAUAUGAAUGAAUUAUCGCCACAAAAGAGACACAAGAAGCACAAGCAUAAAAAGCAUAAAAAGAAAAAAGUUGCGUAUGAAGACAGUGAUAGGUUCAUGGAUGUUGGUGCAGAUUUGGAAAAGAAACAGUCUUUCAAAGUCAAAUUGAAAAGAGAGGAAGAGAGAAGCAGUUUGGACAAAAUGCGUGACAAGCUAGUCAAAGUUUCAACCUUAGGUACUGCCGGUCCGAGCACUGCAACAUCUCCUAAAGCCAGUACUAAAAAAAAGUUAACAAAAACUGGCAAGGGCAAAGAUAGCGGCACAAGUAGCGAAGAGGAACGCUGGCUUGAUGCAAUUGAAUCUGGAAAGUUGGAGGAGGUAGAUGAUGAGUUAAAGAAAAUAAAACCAAAGGAUCCAAAAUUAAUGACUGCGCGUCAGAGGGCAAUGUUUGAACGAAAAACUGACACAGAGCCUAAUCCUGGCGUGGAACAAUUGAUGUCAUUGCCAACUGGGUAUAAGGAGAAAGUUAUGACAGCAGAAGCUAUUCAAAAAGCUGCUUUAAAAUCAUUAAAACGUAAACAGCUUGCUGAUGAAAAAAGAGAAAAAGACAAGAAAAAGACAAUGGAGAGAUUGUUGAAGAAGCAAGAAUCUAAAGCUUCUAAAGUGACAAGUAAAGGAAAACCAUCUCGACGGCAAGUUCCAUUAAUCACUUACCGUGUAACUAUCGAAGGUAGUUCCAUAUCUCUUCCACCGGGAGAGCAAUUUCCUCUUCAAUCGGCCACUGAAAAUGAUGCGCCUCAGCAAAUUCUUUGUGGUGUCGAUCGAUGCAGAAACGCAAAAAGGUACUCGUGUUCAAAAACCGGACUUCCCCUUUGUAGUUUAGAAUGUUACAAAACUAACUUAAGUACGAUAGCAGUGUAAAGGUAGAAUAAUAUUUUUAUUAUAAAUAGAAACGGUGAUGUGCAAGUCAGUCUUGCCAGUCAUUGACUUUAAAGUAUUGUGUAAGAUAGAAAAAGUUGAUGCGAAAUAAACCGGCUUGUACAUAUCGAAUAAGACCAAUCUUUGAAAUUCGUUUUCUUAGAGAAAUGUGUACGACUUAUUUCAAUAAAAAUAGGGUAUGCAAAUACUAAUUACCACUAUUAUUGUUAAGAAAGACGUACAUUUUCAGAUUUCAAAGCAAAAAGUUCAUUGUACUACAGCGACGAUUUAAGAAGUACUGAAACUUUCUCGGGAAUAAAAGCUGGAAUCAAAAUCAUCGAUUAAAAAAAAAAAAAAAUGCGAGCGCGAACGCUCAGCCGUUGAUGCAUUUUAUUAUUUCACUAAGGCGUAAUUCGACGUACAUAUAUGUUAACACUACCGACCGGCGAAUUUGGAAGUAAAUGACGAUCACGAGUAUCGCAAAACCGAUUAAUAGGCUUCCGGUCGAUAAAGUAUUAAAAUUAGAAGUCGUGUCAAGAUGACACAACCCUUC